UUGUCAUACGCUCAUGUUUCAGCUGGAAAUACAUUCAGUACAUUCGAUAAGGAUGGAGCCGUGAUCAGCCUCAGUUUGGAAGAAACGACGGCCGACCGGCUGUCGUUGCGAUUAGAAGCUGUAAACAAGACUCCGUUUCAGCUGGACAACUUUGUAUUUCAAGUUGCUGUCACAAAGGCUUUCCAAGUGAAGAUGUUUCCGCCAUCAGGAGAAACGGUUUUUCCGAAUGAAGCUGGAAGUAUUACGCAGAAUUUGACUGUUCAGCGUAUUCUUCCGGGCCAAAUGCUUAAGAUGAGGAUAAAAGUUAACUUCGUCAGAAGCGGUCAGAAUUUGGAACAUCUCAUCGAGGUCGAUAGCUAUUACAUCUGCAAAAUGAAGUUUCCUGUUAAUUACGGUUGGUUCGCCGCCGGUGACCGAGUGCGUAAUACGAAAUACGACAGAUUCACCCACAGAAUUAAACAUCUAAAAUGCCUGCUACACCUCAAGGUGAAGAAGGCCUGCGGAUUGGAUCGGAUUCCUCCAGAAUCAUUUAAGACGCCGUACAUAUUGCCGCCCAUUCUUCAGAUUAUCAAAUAUAUACCGUAUCUGGUCAGAUUUGUUUUCGCUUGGAUCCAGUGUCGUCUUCGAGGCAAAAAAAUUUUUAUCGAUGUGCUGCAUCCUUUACUUUUCAAGCCAAUUUACGGCGUUCCAUGCGGCAGCCUUGGAAGCGGGUCGAUUGGUCGAGAUUUUCGUGGCGGCUUUUGCAAAUUCGCGCUCUGCCCCGGCAUCGUUGAACAACAUGUCGAACAAGUUCCAUUCGACAACGUAUGA